AUGAGUUUCAGGGACGAAAACGGACGAUUCCCUGCUGGUCCAUCGGGCAAUUCAGAGUCAAUUGGAUAUAGAAGCAGAGAGAGUCGAGGAAACCGAGAUUUUAGAGGAAGUAGAUACCAGGACGAAGCACCAGAUUCGAGAUACACAGGUAGGGCAGGCCCGAGUCGUUUUGGAGGUGCUUCAAGAGGCUCCGGAAGGGGCCAUAACAACAGAUUCCAACAGGAUUACUAUAGACGUGGGAAUGGCCGUAGGAACAAUGGCAACAGUAACCACGUUGGCGAUCGUUGGGAAAGAAAUGAAAACGUGAACUGGGAACAGGUGCAGCCGCUCAGUGAACGCCAAAAAAUGCGUCCCUCGCUUUGGGACAUAGCUCCCAAGGGCUUUGAAAAAGUACCGGCAGAGAGAGCGAAAUUGUCGGGCCUAUUCCCACUUCCAGGACAGCCACAAGAGUUGGAUCGUUCGAAACUGGACGGUAUUGUGUCUAGUGGAGUGCUGACGCGUCGCACGCGUAUUUUAUUCGAAGAUCCUACCAGAGCUAACAUGAGCAAGACCAAAUUCAACCAAAUACUUGUUUUGACAUCUGUUGGGGCAAGCAAUCCAGAGAUGACCACUAUCCUUGAAUUUGUGAGAACCUUCGUCAAGCUUGUCGAUGAAACUCACGAGCUCAAAUCCCACAGUAUCUUAAGCGAAAACAGAUUGAAGCUUCAUUUCAGCAGCGAAGAGAUAACCACCAUCGUGCUCAGUUGCCAGAAAUACAUAGAAGCGAAAACGCAUAGCAAAUUUAUCUGGCAAAGACCCGGAGAAUGUGUGCGGAAAGCCAAAUCGGAAGACGCCAUUUGUGGAGGUCAAGUGAUAGCAUUGCUGGGCCUCGAGGCGUCUGACGAGGAAGCGCUAAAACAGGAUUUAAGCAAACAUGGCGUUGAGGUCGAGUGGCUUAAGUUCAUUUUCUUAGAGGGCACACAAGAGUUCACAGGCGCUGCAUUGUUGGAUCCCAAGUCGUGGAACAACGAUAUCCGUCAUUACAGGUGGAUCAGGCCAAAUGAUUCGAAACUACAUCAAGACUUUGAUGAAAUCACUUUUCAGCAACUGCCGCAUUUAGUGACACGGAAAGAACACGAGCCUUCCCGCGUGCUUGUACUUCUCAAUUGUGUCGAUGGGAAGGACCUGAAGAACGAAGAUUUUGUCAGCGAGCUCCAUGAUUGUAUGACUCAGUCAGACAUAAUGAAAUCUUUCGGCGAGGUUGAGAGUGUCAAAAUCCCCAAACCUGGAGCCGAUUACCGCACCAGCUUCGAGACCAUAGAAGAGAGCAUAGGAAAGAUUUUUGUCAAGUUCAAGGAAAUCGACAGUGCGCGUUCGGCAAUGCAAAAGCUCCCUGGACGUCAAUUUAAUGAUAGAACAAUACUUUGUGCAUAUUUUAGUGAGAGGGAUUACAACAUGGGAAUACUGUAA